AGCAACUACUAGACCAAGCUAAACACAGUGGACACACAAACAGAGCCCACACUACAGAUAGGGAAAGGCCUUCUUUCUAUUAGACCAGCCGAUCUGCAUAGGCAACCUGCAUGGAUUAAAGUCACAGAAUUUGGAGUUUUUCAAUCAUCAGUCAUGGAAACUCCUACAACAAACACUACGCUCACCUACGACAGCAUGGAAAAUACACAGUUACCCCAUUCCACAGAAACUGAUAAAGACUAUAGAGGAAUGUUCUCUGACAAAAUGCAUGAAAGAGGCUUAAAACUGCAACAAAAAACAUUGGAGAAUAUAAAAAAACAAAGAGAACAAGAGAAGAAAAUUGAAGAAAGUUCUCCUGCUGAUGAAUUGGCAAAGGAAUGGUUCAGCCAAGACAAAUUAACUGUGGGCACCCGAGCUUAUCUGCUUGACAGUAUAAUGCCCUCUGUUGUUCACGGGGUUGAGGCCAUGCUCCAAGAGGUCGACAAAAAAAAAGUUCUUGAAGAGGACUCGGUAAAAUUUGAUCCAGUUAAUUAUCUUGGAGAAUACCUUAUGAGACACAAUCCUGGGUUUUUUCCCGGCUCUGAAAAAUCUGCUUAUGUUCGCGGACUUGAACAAGUAGUUGCUGAUCUGAAAAAUAACGUUUUUGACUUAGAAUUCAACAGGCUAGGACAGCUGAAAGAAGAGCUGAAGGAAAACCAAGAGAACAGGGGACAGGUGGAAAGUAUCCACAGCCAGGUAAUGCAGAAGAGAAAGGAGGCUUUGUCCCUGCAGUUCCAAGAAUGGACACUAGAUGUCACCGGGAGGAUCCCUCUUGCAUUGGUACAAAGUGCUUUAAAAUCAUUCUUUGAGCUUGUCUCUGAAAAUACACCAGGGCCCAAACCAGGAAUCAAAGAACUGGAGACAGUGGACACACUGGAGCAGAAGCUUAGUGAAGAAGAAUUUAAAGAGUAUGUAUAUCCAUUUAUCAGUCACAUCAACACAGACUUCUUUCAGGAAUUUCUGCAUCACAUGGCACAAUGUGCGGACAUGUUCCGUGAGACAAUCCGCCAUGAUAUUUGGAGACAGAGAUUUUCUGAACUCUUUCUCGCAUGUGAUGCCGGAAAGGUUGGUUUCCUGGAUAGACAGCGGGUUUUGGCCCUUCUGGAAAUAUUCUAUGACGUAAUAAGCACUGAGGGAGAAGAGUGGCAGCCACGAAACCCUCGUCAAUGGCCAGUAAUUGAAAUAGGAGAAAUGGAUCAAACUGAUUUCUGGGUUGAUUUCAAGGAAGGAGUUAACCCGACAGAAGAGAAAGGAGAAGUGCAAACUACUGCAACCUCCAUUAUAACAACUGAGCCUGUACCUGCAGUGGAGGACUUGAAGAAGAGUGUGAAUGGUAAAGGAGAAGGUACAGCAGAUACAACAGAGAAUGGACAAGCCCCACAAGCUGAAGACAAUGGCAGCAGAGACUCACACUUUAUUGAGGGAAAACCUUGGUCAGGUACAGCAGAUACAACAGAGAAUGGACAAGCUUCACAAGUGGAAGACAAUGGCAGCAGAGACUCACACUUUAUUGAGGGAAAACCUUGGUCAGGUGAUCUGCUGACUUCAGAUCUGGCUAUCCAGUACAGUUCAUAUGGUGAUAGAAGUCAAGAUGAGUGUCAUGACACAGUCUCCAAAUUCACUGAUCUAUACAACAUCAUCUCGGACAUUAAUACUCGUGGUCCAUCACGCAUUCCCAGUGCUUUCAAUGGAAAGGCCCUCAACUUGCCCCAGUUUGUCCAGUUAAUGGAGACUUUUGUGGGAGAUGCCCCACUUGCAGCUGUGGAGAAAGUCACGUCCUUUAUUCAGAAGGAAUACGUGGAAACUGAAGAGGAGAGAAUUGCACUUCUGGCUAAAGUUCAUCAAGAUGCCCUUCUAGCACGGCAGAAGCUUGUCCUGCAGGCUCUCUUUGAGAAAUGGGACAACGAUGGGUCUGGAUUCCUGGAGCUGGAGGAGGUAGACGGAGUUCUGAUCAAAUACAAGGAGGGGAUGGAAUUGGAGGCGAUGGCUAAAGGCAGAGAGAACUUGACCUCCUCAAAAUCUCAGCGAGGGUCAAGUAAGUUGUCAGCGAGUGAGUUCUUUAGGUACAUCUUGGGUGUCAUCCAUGAGCUACCAGGACCAGAAGAAGAGGCUUUUGAGAAUGUGAUCGAGUUUCUAACCUCCAGCGUUGAGCGUACACAGGCAGAUAAACUGAGAGGAGCCAGCCGGAGAAAGUGGCUGCAACACAUUCAGACCAUUGCUGAAACUAGUGGUGGCAGACUAGAUUCAGUAUAUAAAGCUGUAUCUCAGGCCCUUUGCAAGGAUGCAGAGGCCCAUGGAAACAACAAAAAGAUCAGUGCAAAUAUUGGCCUACUAGAGCAAAGCUCACCUGGAGAAAGAUGGAAUGAGGUUCUACGUUACGUUGCUUGUACCUCGGAGGAUGCUUUAUAUGUAUUAAAUAAGACGCUCAACAGAGACAUGAAAGGUGUCAGUUUUGCAGCAGUGGACAGCGGGAUACCGCAGCAUGUUCCUCGAGUCCAGUAUCAUGGUAACAUUCAGUUCUGGAACAAAGAUCGCCCUGAAGAAGAGCGGAAGGGAUCUCUCAUUGUACUGCCACUUAUAGAUACACAGCAGCGGGUUUUUGGGACCCUCAGCAUUGACACCCUAAGAGAACCGCGUGAUAGAAAUAUCUUCCUAACACAUGAAAUAAGCUUUUACCAGGGUGUGACAAAUGCAUUCAGUUCAGCAUACCACCAUAUACAGAGGAAGAGAGAUAUUCUACAACUUGUGAGCAGUGCAUUUGCCUGGAUUUAUAGCAGAGCUCCCAACAUCCGAGUUAUAGACACAUACCUAAUGGAGCCCUGUACAGACAAGGAACAGGGUUAUGCGUUUCGAAAUAUGAUGCACACAGACAAUAACACUGGCAUAUCUGAGACCUUCUCUAGUCCUGCCACACUGCGAAGACGGGACAACCUGUUCAGGGAUUACCUAUUCAAGUGUGCAGAUAGCUCUGAGGUUAUCACCACUGAUGCCUAUGGAGAACGCCAUAUAGCUGUACCUAUCCGUGACCAUACAGGAAGAGCUUUAGGUGUACUGGACCUAAACACUGGCGGCUGUAAAGAACUGCCCCCUCAUGAGUAUCAGGAUCUGCAGAAAAUGCUACAGAUGUUGCAGGAAGCAUGCAAUGAACUUCUGGAUGAUCAGCAAUUUAAGGAUACAGCAAAAAAGGCUGUCUUAGAGGCAGAACAAGUAUCUGGACAGAGAAAAGUAGGCGUCCUAUUCCAUCGCUUCAUGCUGCAGGAUCUGAGGCAAUGUGUCAGCAAACUGGACUACCAGUCAUUUGCUGAAUUGAAGAGCUACAAGGAGCCACCAGUCAUGGUGCACAACAUCCUAAAAGCUGUGCUGCUGCUAUUUUUCCCUGAAUGGGAUGAAUCCGAGGAGAUCCACAGCUGGAAUCAGUGUAAAUUGAAAGUAAAUAGUGAUUUGAUUCGAAAAAUUUUAUCCUUUGACCCCACGGCUCAGUAUGUCAGAAGCAAUCCAGAGAUCCUUACUAAGUACAUUAAAGGUAUUCCCAGAGGAGCAGUCUGGAAACAGGGCUCCAUCCCCGCGGAGCAUCUCUUUAACUGGGCUUUCACCUGUCUAUCUCUUAUGGAACUCAGCCAAAAAAUGCAAAACGCACAGGCACCAUCACAAGUCUUCCUGCGAAUGCCAAACUAAAACCUGAAUAAAAAUACUGUUUUUAUUUAA